AUGAUUGAGAAUAAUAAUUUAGUUGAGAGACAGUAUGAGGCUAAGAAUAAUGAUUUAGCUGAGGAACAGCAUGAAAUUAAAAAGAAUAACUUUGUUGUAGAUACUGAAGAAAGAGAAAAUGCUAUAGAACCUAUUCUUGGAUCAGAGCUAGAAGGUCUUGACCCUUCAAAUUAUCCCUUAAUAACUCCUUCUAUAGAAUUAACUAUUAAAAAUCGGUUUAGUUCUUGGAAAAUUGCUAAAUACUACUUGAAGGAGUAUGGAAGGCAAAAAGGUUUUGCAACAAAACGGUAUAGAGUUGAAUUUCAUAGGAAUCGUACAGUUAAAAAACGAACAUUAACUUGUGAAAAGGCAGGCAAAUAUAAGCCUAAUAAAACAAAACCCAUCGGCCAACAGCGUAAUAAAGGCUCAAAGAGGACAGAUUGUAAAUGUCAUGUUAAUUUGAGUAGCUCUGAACAUACCCAUUAUGUACAUAUAACUUUUAUUUACCCAGAGCACAAUCAUACAAUCAACGCUGAUAAUAAAAGGUUCACCACAGCAUUUAAGCAUUUUGACAAAAGUAUAAUGGCUGAAAUAGAACAUGCAGUGGUGUAUGGUUAUUGUGAUAUACAUAUGAUAAGAAACUUACUUCAACUAAAAUUUUCUGAUCAAUUAUUCCUUAUGCAAGAUCUCUCUAAUGCAAUUCAGAAAAUUAAAUGUGACAAAAAGGUUAAUAGGUCUGAUGCUUCUCAUUUGCUAAAAUUUCUUCUUAACCAACAGAAAAAAGAACCUACAAUAUUUGUGCAACCACUAAUUAACGUAGAUAGUAAUCGGUUAUGCAGCAUAUUUUGGAUGACAGCAAACCAAAUCUUAUUGUGGUCUCAUUAUUUUGAUGUUGUUUUGCACGACAAUAUCUCAAGAACAAAUAAAUACAAUUUCCCAUUGUCAUUAUUUAUUCUUGUUGACAGUGAAGGUAAAUCACGUCUUGGUGCACAGGCCUUUUUAAACAAUGAGACACAAGAAAGUUAUAAGUGGGUUUUGCAGCAAACGCUAGACGCAACUAGUUCUGAGCCGAAUGUUUUUAUUACUGAUAUGGAUCCUGCAAUGAAUGCUGCAUGUAAAAAUAUAUAUGAAAAUACAUAUUACUUAUAUUGUAUUUGGCAUUUGUUACAAAAUUUGCCAAAAAGACUCAAAUCAAAGCUUGCUUUAAUUGAAAAAUAUCCUAAUACAUAUGAAUACUUGCAUAACACUCUUUAUCCAACUCAACAAUCCUGGGCUUGUGUAUUUGUAAACAGAAUUUUUACUGUGGGAAUGCAAUCAACGCAAUGCAUUGAAUCGAUUAACGCCCUUAUCUACAAAGAAGUUUCUUCUAGUUUAAGUAUGAUUAAUGUAGUUGAGGCUAUUGAUUCUAGGAUGCAAAAAGAAGCCCUUAAAUGCAAGUUUUAUAAUAUGGAAAUAUAA